GGUAUGAUAGAGAAUACAUUUUUACUGAAUGACAUGAAAGAUUGAAAGUCAAGAUCUUGUUUGUUUCUUCCCCAAUCUGACAGAAGUCAGCUCCAAUGGCGGUUGUUCCAUCAGUGAAAUUCCCCCCCACUCAUCUUAUUCGUGCGAGUUAUGGGUCUAUUUAUGGCUGCGUUAGUUCUCAUAUGGAACACUCGCUACAGAGGAGGAUUGGCUAUCAUUUCAGACGACAAAACUCUCAUCUUCAAUGUUCAUCCUGUUUUGAUGGUAAUCGGUCUUGUUCUGCUGAAUGGGGAAGGUUCUCAUUUCUCUCUUCCUUUAUGUUUUUUGGUCAAACAAAGUCAACUUUUGAACCGCUUUUUGACCGUUUAGUGGGGAGCUGGAUUUGCGACAUUCUGGCAUCCGGGCGGGUCAAGAAACAGCAGGGCUUCGCUGCUGCCAUGGCAUGUGUUUUUUGGAGUCUACAUUUACGUGCUUGCGGUUGCUGCUUGUGUAACUGGCCUUUUAGAAAAAGCUACGUUUCUUCAAACCAACAACGUGAUUUCACGUUACUCUGCAGAAGCGAUGCUGGUGAAUAUUUUGGGUGUCUCGAUUGUUUUCCUAUGCGGUUUUGUUAUUCUCGGCAUCAUAUUGCCGCCGACAGGCAAAGGUGAUGUUCUCAGAGGAUCGGUUGAGUAACAUAACUCAUAUUUGACCAAUUUGAGGGAGAGUCAAAAGUUAGUUAUGUUAACAUUAGUGAUUUUAACAAUUAUACCAAAAUAUGUCAGUUUGUUUAAAAGUAGAAUAAAAUAAUUUUUUAAAUAUGUUUAAAAGUAGAUUUUUUUUUAACUUUUUUUUUCAU